CUUUCCCUCCAAUGCCCACAUUUUCUGCCGUCCCUGUUAGUCUUCUUUUGUUGUUAUGUUUCCCUUUUUUUAUCUCUCUGCCUUCUUGGUCAGAUACUUCCCACUACUCCUACUCCACCCUCACUCACCAUUACACAACACAAAAUUAACAACAAAGGGUCUUUUAUUUACCCCUUUUCUACACCCAUCUGAUUCACUACUUCACUAACCCCACUUCAAUUCAAAAGCUCAUAUUUUUAUUCGCUUUUCCCCUUCUCAACUCCCAACUCUCACACCCCUUUUGUCCUUUUUACCCCCUGCAUUCUUCUGUCAAAACCCUAGAUUUCAAAUCUGGGGUUUUGUUUUCUAAGUCAGUUCAGACAUGGUUUUGGGAACUGCCAGCUUGCAAGUCUGAGUUUUAUGUCUGGAAUCCAAGCUUCUGAUGCUCCCACAUUUUUUUUAAUAGACACAACAUUUCCCAGUGAGCUUUCUCAUGGGUUUUCAAUGGAUACACUGUUUUGAGUUCCUUUCUACCGGGUAGGGGUAGGGCUAUUUGAUCUCUUUUUUAUUUUUUCUAGAGGGGUUAUUUUAGAUUCAUCUAGUUGAACAAAACCCUUGCAAAACCCUUUUUCCAGCACACACUUUGCCAAGUAUUUGAGCUUGUUAGCUACUGUCUUUUAGAUCACUUUUGUUAUUUUUUGGGGUCAAAAUCCAAUUUUUCCAUCAUGGUUUGUGCCUUUCCACUUUAGCAUCUUCACCUAUUUUUUAACUUGAGUUUGGAAGAGUUUUAGGCUUUUAGCUUAGUUGCAUAAGUAGUAGAAAGCUUGUAUACUUGCAACUAAAUACAUGGAUGGCCGAGAAGCUAUGGCAUUCUCUGGUAGCUCAGCUCCAUAUUACAUGCAUAGAGUAGGGAUCGGAGGGUCUGCCUCUGGGUUCGAACCAGCCCCUGGGUUCAGACCUUUGUCAAACACUGGCAUUCAAGCUGAGUCAAAUGCUAGGGGUGGUCAGGGUCAGGGUGGUGGUUCUGUAGGGUCUAGUUCCCCAUUUUCAGUGGAGCCACCUCAGGGUCAUACCAAUUUUAACCAUGGCAUUGGGAUUGGGGCACCUUCAAGUGAGCCUGUGAAGAAGAAAAGAGGGAGACCCCGUAAAUAUGGUCCUGAUGGAGCAGUUUCUUUGAGACUGUCUCCAAUGUCUGCCCCUGCAAACUCCACUCAGGAUGCUAGUGAAACCACCCCUUCUCAGAAAAAGGCGAGAGGGCGCCCUCCUGGCUCUGGAAGGAAGCAACAGCUAGCCGCUUUAGGUGAAUGGAUGAAUAGUUCAGCAGGGUUGGCCUUUUCGCCUCAUGUUGUCACUAUUGGAGUUGGGGAGGACAUUGUGGCAAAAUUAUUGUCAUUAUCACAGCAGAGAUCAAGGGCUCUGUGCAUCAUGUCGGGCACUGGGACAGUUUCUUCAGUCACUCUGCGACAGCCUGCUUCUACCAAUGCUAGUGUAACUUUUGAGGGACGAUUCCAAAUACUAUGCUUGUCUGGUUCUUACUUGGUUGCCGAAGACGGUGGACCCUCCAAUAGAACUGGUGGCAUUAGUGUUUCGCUCUCUAGCCAUGAUGGUCAUGUUAUUGGUGGUGGUGUUGCUGUGCUUAUUGCUGGAGGCCCCGUGCAGGUGAUGUUGUGCAGUUUUGUUUAUGGUGGCUCCAAGACCAAGUCUAAACUAGGAACCACUAUCAAAGAUGAAAGUUCUGAGCCACCUCCUCAGCAUAACGAUAAGUUAGCUUCUCCAGCCAGUGCUCCUGCUCCCCCCGGUCAAAACUACCUCCCUCUUUCUGCAACAAACCUUUGGCCUGGAUCACGACCAGCAGAGCUGAAAAGCACACACAUGCAUACUGGCAUCGACUUGACUCGCGGUUGAGAGUUUAUUUCGGAAGAGAGACAUUGCAGAUUUGUAUAUAACUGUUGUUGUAAAUGAACUUGAGUUUGUGAGCAUUGUGGCUGCUUGUUAUCCCCCCACGUUGCUGGGUAACAGGUUUGCACUAAUACAUGCUGAAACAAAUGAAUUGUUUGAUUCGGGUUUAAGUGAUGAUUCUUGGCAUAUCCCAAAAAUGUCUGUUGAAAUGAUCAUAUGACAAACUUCAUUGGGAUGCAUAUUGUCCUGCGUUGAAUUUAGUGAAUUCUGGGAUCCCUCUUUGCGGUCCAAAAUGUUUAACGUUGAAACACGCUACUAUUUGCCUUG